AUGGAAGAAAGAGUAGGAAUAAAGAGAGAAAGAGAGGAGGAGCGAUUCGAUAGAUGUUAUCCCCCAGGCUUUAGAUUCUGUCCAACUGAUCUUGAGCUCAUCUUUCAUUACCUUCUGAAGAAAAACCUCGGCCAACCUCUCCCUUCUAAUAUCAUCGGUGAAGUAGACUUGUACAAUUACAGUCCAGAUGAACUUGUAUAUGCAUAUCACACCAUGCAUGGGACGGAGAGCCAUACAGAUUACCUGUCGAGUAGGAGAAUAAGAAAAGAAUGUUACUUCUUUACCUCUAGAGAUAGAAAAUACAAGAAUGGACGGCGUCCCAAUCGGAGUGCUGGAAAUGGCUACUGGAAAGCUACUGGUUCAGAUAAUCCCAUCACUGAUGAGAAUGGUUUGGAUACUGGUUGGGUAAAGAAAGCAUUGGUUUACUACAGAGGAGGUCACAAGGUUUCGACCAAAACUAAUUGGAGCAUGAAUGAAUACCGAUUGAAAGAAUUAUCAGAUACCAAGACUAGAAGUAGUGAUGGCAACAUGAGAUUGGACGGUUGGGUUCUAUGUAGGAUCUACGAAAGAAGUGAAAAGAAAAAUACCAAUGGCAAUCCCAACGAAGUAAAAGAUGAAGAAACAAAUGCAAUAAUUUCUAAUGAAGCACAAGAUGAAGAAACAAAUGCAAUAAUUUCUAAUGAAGUGCAAGAAGGAGCAAAUUCAACAAUUUCUUACAAUGACAAUUACGAUGAAUGGGAGGAAUGGAUAAACUCGGUAGACUUCGAAGGAGAAAGUGCAGAAAUUUGUACUGAAGGUAGCAGUGAAUAUCCCAAAAGUGAAGUGGGUUUGACAACAGCUGGUGUUAACCCUCUUGUGGCUAAAGAAAGUUAUAGUUACCCACCUGGGUUUCUUUUCCCAGAUUAUCUACCAUUUGAUAACUAUUCAGGUGAAGAUGAGAUGUUAGGUUGCACGGUCCACUCCUCCAUCCCGCCUUCUCAAGACUCAUCUGCUCUGGAUUACAAUCCUGAAUUCAUCAAUUAUGUAACUAACUUGCAAGCACUUGGAAUCCAUGACAGGAAUCAAGUUCCACGAGGAUUGAACGAGUGGACCAUAAAUGAUAAUUUUGGGACCCUCCAAGAUAGACAUUUAGGGCCCAUGGGACCAUAUAGGAAAAAGCAUAAAUACUUGUAA